UCACACGCGAAAUCUCGCGAGAAGAGGUGAGAUUAAAUAUGGCGGCGCCCUGCUGAUAUGCUUCUGGUCUGCUGCUGAUGACUUUGCUUGCUGAAAACCAACAAACAAAAAUUUCAAAUUUCGCGGAACUCGUGCAGUUGCUUUACUGAAUAUUUAAUGAUGGAGACACGCAGAUCUAAAGUUUCAGAUAACCCUGGGAAACUAGAGAAACACGUUGACGAUGUGAAUACAAGCCCUGCCCAGAGAAGAAUAUCACCUCGUACUCUUGCGCUAACAACCCCGAGAAAUGGAUUCACAAAGAGAAGUGAAAGGAUAAAAAUCACUACAGCUCAGCGUGGAAAGAGUGUUACUCAGGAAAAUGUUCUCAAGGGACACCAGAGCACUCGCACAGGAGAGAAACCGUAUGAUUGUUCAUGUUGUGGGAAAAGGUGUACUCGCCAGAUUGAUCUCCAAAGACACCAGAAAAUUCACACAGGAAAGACGUAUUGCUGCUCACAGUGUGGGAAGAACUUUAAGCGUCCCGGUUGUCUCCGGCAACAUCAGCGCAUUCAUACGGGAGAGAAACCGUAUCAGUGUUCGCAAUGCGGGAGUGUUUUUACACAAUACAGUUCUCUCCGACAACACCUUCGCAUUCACACAGGAGAGAAGCCGUAUCACUGCUCGCAGUGUGGGAAGAGUUUUUCUCAACAAAGCAAUCUGCAAAUGCACCUUCGCUUUCACACAGGAGAGAAGCCGUAUCCAUGCUCCCAAUGUGGGAAGAGUUUUCGUGACAGGAGUAGUCUUAAACGACACCAGCCCAUUCACACAGGAGAGAAGCCAUAUCACUGCUCGCAAUGUGGGAAGAGUUUUAGUGACAGACGUUAUCUUAAACAACACCAGCGUGUUCACACAGCACAGAAGCACUUUUUCUGCUCACAGUGUGGAAACAGUUUUUCUUACCAAAGCAGCCUGCAAGCACACCAGCGCAUUCACACAGGAGAGAAGCCGUAUCAGUGCUCACAUUGUGGGAGUCGUUUUACACAACACAAUUCUCUCCGAACACACCUUCGCAUUCACACAGGAGAGAAGCCGUAUCACUGCUCGCAAUGUGGGAAGAGUUUUGCUCAUCAAAGCAAUCUGCAAACGCACCUUCGCGUUCACACAGGAGAAAAGCCGUAUCAGUGCUCGCAAUGUGGGACGAGUUUCAGUGAAAGGAUUACUCUUAAACGACACCAGCGCAUUCACACAGGAGAGAAACCAUAUCGGUGUUCACAAUGUGGGAGUGGUUUUACACAACACGGUCUGCUCCGAAAACACCUUCGCAUUCACACUGGAGAGAAGCCGUAUCACUGCUCCCAAUGUGGGAAGAGUUUUAAUGAAAGGUGUACUCUUAAACGACACCAGCGCAUUCACACAGGAGAGAAGCCGUAUCACUGCUCGCAAUGUGGGAAGAGUUUUGCUCAACAAAGCAAUCUGCAAACACACCAGCGCAUUCACACAGGAGAAAAGCCACAUCACUGCUCACAGUGUAGGAUGAGUUUUAGUGACAAGAGUACUCUUAAACAACACCAGCGUGUUCACUCAGGAGAGAAGCCGUAUCACUGCUGGCAAUGUGGGAAGAGUUUCGGUCAACGAAGCAGUCUGUGCAAACACCAGCGCAUUCACACAGGAGAAAAGCCGUAUCACUGCUUGCAAUGUGGGAAGAGUUUUACUCAACAAAGCAGUCUGCAAACACACCAGCGCAUUCACACAGGAGAGAAGCCAUAUCAGUGCUCACACUGUGGGAAGAGUUUUAGUGACAGGAGUAGUCUUAAACGACACCAGCGUCGACACCUUCGCAUUCACACAGGAGAGAAGCCGUAUCAGUGCUCACAGUGUGGGAAGAGUUUUACAUACAGGACUACUCUUAAACGACACCAGCUCAUUCACACAGGAGAGAAACCAUAUCAGUGUUCACAAUGUGGGAGUGGUUUUACACAACGGGAUUCUCUCCGAAGACACCUUCGCAUUCACACAGGAGAAAAGCCGUAUCCGUGCUCACAAUGUGAGAAGAGUUUUAGGUACAAAACUGGUCUUGAAGGACACCAGCGCAUUCACACAGGAGAGAAGCCGUAUCACUGCUUGCAAUGUGGGAAGAGUUUUAUUCAACAUAGCGGUCUGCAAACACACCUUCGCAUUCACACAGGAGAAAAGCCGUAUCAGUGCUCACAGUGUGGGAAGAGUUUUAGUGACGGGAGUAGUCUUAAAGGACACCAGCGCAUUCACACAGGAGAGAAGCCGUAUCAGUGCUCACAGUGUGGGAAGAGUUUUAGUAAGCGACCUAAUCUUAUAGGACACCAGCGCAUUCACACAGGAGAGAAGCCGUAUCAGUGCUCACAGUGUGGGAAGAGUUUUAGUGACAGAUCUAGUAUCGAAUGUCACCUCCGCAUUCAUACGGGAGAGAAACCGUAUCAGUGUUCGCAAUGCAGGAAGAGUUUUGCUCAAAAAGGCAAUCUGCAAACGCACCUUCGCGUUCACACAGGAGAGAAGCCAUAUCACUGCUCUCAAUGCAGGAGUGGUUUUACACAACACAGUCAUCUCCGACAACACCUUCGCAUUCACACAGGAGAGAAGCCAUAUCCAUGCUCACAAUGUGGGAAUAAUUUUUGUGACAGAUGUAGUCUUGAAGGACACCAGCAUGUUCACACAGGACACAAGCAGUUUUUCUGCUCACAGUGUGGAAAGAGUUUUAUUAACCAAAGAAGUCUGCAAGAACACCAGCGCAUUCACACAGGAGAGAAGCCAUAUCAGUGUUCACAUUGUGGGAGUGGUUUUACACAGCACCAUCAUCUCCAAAAACACCUUCGCAUUCACACAGGAAAGAAGCCGUAUCACUGCUCCCAAUGUGAGAAGAGUUUUAGUGAAGGGAGUAGUCUUAAACGACACCAGCGCAUUCACACAGGAGAGAAACCAUAUCAGUGUUCACAUUGUGGGAGUGGUUUUACACAGCACCAUCAUCUCCAAAAAUACCUUCGCAUUCACACAGGAGAGAAGCCGUAUCACUGCUCGCAAUGUGGGAAGAGUUUUAGUGACAGGAGUAAUCUUAAACGACACCAGCGUGUUCACACAGGAGAAAAGUCGUUUUUGUGCUCCAAGUGUGGGAAGACCUUUGUGGGAAGGCACCUUUGCUGCCUGAUGAUGUAAUGAGUCAGGGUGGGUGGUGCACAAAAUUGGCUCUACAGGAGGCCAGCAAUACUCUCUGCAGUGCUGAACGAAACCACAGGAAAUGUUUCUAUCUCAAAACAACUUCCAUGUGCGUCACUCCCUCUCUCUAUGGCGGCCAUAGAUUUUCCACAGUUGAUUCCGACGGAUGUUGAACUUUAAAUAUUCCCCUAAAUGCCAAUAAUAUUGAGUGCUUGGUUUGAUCCACUUAAAUUCUUUUCUGUUUGUGUAUCUAGAUCACGGUCAGCCAGCUGAUGAUCCUUGGUCUAAAUAAACAGUUUUUUUUUUCCCCACUGUUGUUGCUAAAUACAG